CAGUAUUUGACAUUCUGUCUCCUGACACGACCGUAAUCUUUGAAUUUAAUCCCGUAACUGAUACAAUGCCAAAGCUAGCCAGGCAGAAUAUGCCGGGUACUAUGUCUUCGACGAAAGCCCCAUAUGCGCCAAAGACUAGAUCAAUAGCCUGCCGUAAAUGUCAUUCGCGAAGAGUUAAAUGUUCUGGAGGACAACCUUGUAAUAACUGUAAACGGGCAAACAAGGCUGUAGAGUGCGUUUACCCUCAAAGAGAUAGAUUCGUAAAAAUUAGCCAAAAGUACAUUGACGAAUUGAUUGAAGAAAACCAACGCCUUCAGAAUCGUGUAUCUCAAUCAGGAUCGCCAAUUGAUGCACAAGAUAAUAAUACUCUGGAAAUCAGCCAUGGGACAGACCUCCGCGAUGAAGCAUCGUCGAUACAUGUCCCCGAGUCGGCGGCUACGCCUUGGUUCAUUGACAUGGCUGUUCCUCAUACUCCCAUCCUUCUCUCUGAAGCCUCAGACUCGGCGUUUGCGACGCGUUUCCGCCAGGCAAUGUCUGAUUCUGAACACAGUCAUCUACCCCGAGUAAAUUUUCCAGCGGAUGAUCACCUUCUGGCCUUGGGUGAUGCAGCUUGUGCAUGGCCGAACCCAUCCCAGGCACGUCUUCUCGUCAAUGCUGCAUUAAGGUGCCUUGGGCGCUGGCACCAUAUUGUUUGCCGCAGUGCGGUCCUUGAGGAGCUCGAGCGCAGCCUGCAACAUCCCAGACCAAUAGGUUUUCUCCUGCAAAGUAAACUUUGGGUACUAUUUGCAAUCGGAAAGAUGUAUGCGACACGAACAUCUGCUGCUUGUAAAACCUUCCCUGGCCUGGAAUACUUUGCUAAAGCUACCAAAAUUCUCCGCGUCACCAGUGAGCGCCCGACCCUUGAAAUGGUAGAGACGUGGCUUUUGCUGUCUUACUAUUCUCUUUGUCUCAAUCGACGACAUUCUGCGUACAGCCUAGCUGGUUCUGCCUUGCGGGUAUCUAUUAUCAUGGGCCUGAAUUUCAACGUCCCCGAGCCUCUUCUUACGGAUCCUGCAGCGCGUGAGCAUAGGAUCCGAGUUUGGUGGACUGCUUAUACAUUUGACAGAAUGUGGGCCACAAAACUGGGGUACCCGGUGGGAAUUCAUGACAGUGACAUUGACGUAGACCUUCCGUCGAAUAAGCUUCUGGACAGUAACUUUGAGGACUGUUCUUAUUCUAUCGCAAUGAUAGAUCUGGCAAGGAUAUCGGGGCGUAUAACUCACUCAAUAUAUGGUAAAAGCUCUCAGCAGGCCUCAUUAUCGAAACGAGUCCACGACAGCCUGUCAGACCUCCAUCAGUGGCUCAAAAAUCUCCCCCCAGAAUUGCAGAUGGAUUCAACACAAGAUACAGACCAAAAGGCAGAAUCUUUAUAUCUAUUAUUCAACCAGCUUGUGAUACUUGCUACUCGUCCAGUCCUGCUUCAGGUCUUUCGCACACGUAUUAAAAGUGUUGAUUCGGGAUCAACAUCGGAAAUUCCAGAUUCUGCAAGCGCUCUAUCGGAUGCAUGCAUUAGAUCUGCGCGUCACUCAUGCCAAAUCCUUACUGAUUUAUGGAUAAGUGGCACUUUUAUGAUGUUUGACUAUUUUCACACUCAAUAUCUUUUUACCGCAGCAACAGUCUUAGCCAUCUCGAGCUUACUUGAUGACAGGAGCGGCCAGGCUGAUAGGGAAUGCUUUGAAACGGCACUGCAAUUUCUUUCACAGCUUAAAGACGGUGGAAAUUUUGUGGCCGCUGAGUUUAAGCAACAUGCGGAUGCCAUGACAGCUCUCUUUUCCACUGUUGAAACGAAAAUGCAUGGUCAGCGCGCACAUGGCUCGCCAGAAGAACUUAUAGACUGCGUGGGCAUUAGAAGGAGAGACUUCGAUUCAACGACCGCGGCGGGGGAUAUAACCGCAGAUAUAGUACUAUCUGAGCCCUUUUUCCACGAUCUGCUCGCUCAGCCAAUGCCAGACCUUGAGUUUAUCAAUGCAUCGCUAAGCCUAGAUAGCGACCAAGGACUUUACUGGCCGAUGAUGACUUCGAGUAGUGACCCAGAGACACUGUAUUAAAUCAGCGCUCAUGAUUCAUUACUUGAGCCAUGAGAUUCCGGAA